UGAAUUGUGACAGUUGGAGUACAACGUUUCAGUUAGUAAAUUAAUGUUAGAGCUUUAUUUUUUACAUAUAAUUUUUCCGAAUUACUCAGAUCAUGUCGGAUACAAGCGAUAUUAACAUUAUAAUAAGAAAUGGCACUUUCAAUCAAUUCAUUAGUGAAAAGUCGAAGAAUAUUCAAGACUACGAUUCCAGAAUACGUAUUAAUUGGUUAGUUCAAUUAAGCCAAGCUUUGAGUGAUGAAGAUUUGAAAAAUCGAGUCAAUGCCGAUGACGUUCUUAAAGCGACUAGGAUUUUUGGAGAUAAACUGCAAUUAAACCAAAGUUAUGUUAAUAACUAUCUAAAAGCGAAUAUUGUACUUUCCAACUACUUCAAAACUGUUAAAAAUGAUGAAGCAAGAAUUUUUCUGUCAUCUGUGAUGACACUCUCAAAGCCCCCUUUACUAAAAAUAUCUGGACAAAUGCAGCUAAACUUAUACUGUAAAUACUUAGAUGGUAUCCUGCUGUCAGAAUUUCCAUCUUCAGAAGCUCUUAUAGAUAAUAUUAUAUUGUCCGUUAAUGAAUUUGUUAAAAGCCAUGAACAAACAUAUAUUCAAACAAAAUAUCUAGAAGGAUUAUUGGAAAGAAUUAAUUAUUAUAUUAGAAAAUUGCAAAAAUCAGCUCCUAGUAAAAUGAAAGUUUGUCAUUUUCUGCAAAGGUUUUUUGAGAUCCUAUUUGGUUUCAGCAAUGAAUCAUGUAAAAUAUCAGAAAAAAGCUAUAAAUUGAUCUUAACAAUACUUCUGGUACAUACCGAAAUAUGUAUUGACAAUAAGUUUGAUUUAACCAUAAUAAAGAUUCUCUCAAAAAUGUUGAGAGAUAUUGACGAUAAAGGGUCUUGGAGUAUUGUAACAAAGCUGCACGCAUGCUUUUACAGAGAUGAAUUUGAUGAUGAUUUAGCACACAUAAUUAAUAAAACUGACGAUAAAAACUAUUAUAACAUCACUGUACUUAAUUACAUAAGUAAAGCAUUGUACAGAUAUUAUCAUGUCAAAUAUGAAGUGAUAAAACCACACACUGCAUAUAAACUAUUUAUUGUGCUACAAAUUUUAAUCAAGAAAUGCACUAAUACCAAUAAUUGUCCACCAUGUAAUACCGACACGCAUCUUUUCCUAAAUCUACAACAUGCAUCGGGUGCCCUGAUUUCAAAAUUAAUUCAAAAAGAAUUUAAAAAACCGUCAAGUGAUUUAACAAGAUUCUUUCCCAAGUAUGUUGCAUCUAUGGAAAAAACUAGGCAUAAAUGUCCUCAACAUGUUUUCCAUGUACAGAAAUGUGUAACCGCUUUCUACAAAGCGCUUAGUCAAAUUGUGAAACUAAAUGGAAUGAAACUGCCUGCAGAAUAUGCACCAUUUGUACAGGAUACGCUAUUGAUAUAUUUAAAAACCUUUGCAAAAAAUUCUAUUUUACCAGGCGAAUGUGUUAAUGAGUUUAAAUAUUUUUUCAAAAUAUUAUCCAAUGCCUAUUGUGAUAUCAAGGAUUUUACUAAAGCAUGCUAUUUUCUGUUGAUUGGUUCACAUUUUACGAAAAGUAUGCAGUUUGCCAAGAUUUUCAAAAUUAGGCAUGAUAAUUCAGAUUUUACUUCAUCUUGUUAUGAGAUACUCACACAGAGUGCAAUUGCAAAACAUUACAAUAUUUCUUUGGAGAAGAAUGAUUAUAUAAAUUUAUUGCUGAUGGAACUAAAGGGUUUUAAUGAAUUAUGGCGAAGUAAGCUUCGUAUGAGAGAAGCAGCCAAAAAUAUCAAACUGAUAUCUGAUGAUCCGAUAACCCGAGCAAAGGCUUGUUCAUUUCUUAGAAUCAUUACUUCCGAAGACUUGCCACUAAUCAAUAGCACUCUGGAAGAACUUGAAUCUAAUUUGAAGUAUUUCAAAGGAAAAUCGAAGACAUUGGCGCAUGCACUAUUAGGAAAUUUAUAUGCAAUGCAAUACUUGGCUUUAGGAAAUGAAUACGCAAAUGAAAUUGCUAAAACACCAAGUCUGGUUAACCAGACACCUGAAGAAUCUGAUCGAGAUGGUCUCAAACAUACAAACGAAGUUUGUGAUAUCAACCCUAUCGACGAUAAUAAACUUAAUCUCGAAAAGGAGAAUUCUAUUGUUGAGCAAUUAAUUCAGGGCAUAAAAUAUUGGGGUGAAGCUGUUAAAAAUUAUGAUACUAUUAGUGAUGAUGAAGAACUUAAGAUUUACUUUGAGUCUGCUCUCGAAUUGAUGGAAAUGGCAAUAAUAUCACUAAGUGAACGUGGUUCAUAUGGUUAUCACAAAUAUGAUUUGGUUCUAUUAGGUUUUCAAUUAGCCAAAAAUCUUGAGAAUCACUUGAUGGCUUUGAGAUGUGUUUCAAGGCUUUUAGGAUCUAUGUCAUAUAACAAGGAAAUUGGUUCAAUUGUUACGGAAUGUAAUUCUUAUGCUGCUAAAUUAUUGAAAAGCAACUUGGAAGAGAAGAAUAAAUUGUACCUGUAUGAUUUUAUGUUGAGCUAUACGGAAUAUCUAUGGAACAGGAAAGAUGAGGAUAAAGCAAUAGUUCUCGGACUCGGCACCAUAGCAAGGAUUAAAAAGGAUAAAAUUUCUGAUAAUUUACUAAUUUCUCGAAUGUACUGGAUUGAGGCUCUAUUAAAAACAAACAAUAAUUCAUCCUGGAAGUCAAUAUUGUCCCUGCACGGCUUAAUAAAUGAUGAACUUUUGGUAGCUAUGCAAGACAAAGAUGCCACAACAUAUUGUUUCAAUAUAAAAGUGAGCGUUUUUAUCGAUCUGGCUCUCAAAAUAGGGAAAUACAGUAUGCAUAUUUGUCAACUACGAUUGGUUAAUUUCUAUUUGAAACAAAUGCUGAAAUUGUUGCAAAAAUUAGGUUUAACACACCGUAUUGCUGACGUUUUGUGCAUACUCUUAAGAACAGAUAUUGUCAAGGAAAAGUAUGCCGAUGCUCAGGUAAAAAUAAAUGUUUUGAAUAAUAUCACGAAUCAAUCGCAAUUGUCUGAAUCUAGUAAAAGUGGCAGCAAAUCUAAGAAAGUUGUUGAGCAUGUUAAGAAAAUGUUUACGAGUCCAACUCGAGGAACUAAACAACAAAUUAACAUUGAGGCUUACAGAGAUAGUUCCAUGCUAAGUCCGGAGCCGCCAAAACUGAUCAGAAUGGCUGAUAAUGGUUCUCCGCCUCUCGUUCACCAAUCAUCGCAGUUGCCCGAUUUCUUCAACCAUGAUUGUGACUGCAAAUGCAUCUCUUGUUACGGAAAAUCCGGCUUCGGCCUGAUGUUGACUGUUAACAGUCUAGAGGCUCGUUUGAACUGCUUUUUGGGAAACACAAAUGUAACCAAAAGACUUUUUUCAGUAUGUAAUAAAAUUCGCGCCAUCGCCAAAUCCAAAUUCUCAAAAGUAAAGGAUAUGUUUCAAGAAGAUAACGAUUUUAAAACCAACGAAUGUUAUCAUUUUUAUGAUCAGUGCUUGUAUACAGUCAAAUACGGUAAAUACGAUAUGAUUCUAUCUUCUAUGGAUCCCGAAAAAUCUUUAUUGUUGCAAGAUGUUGCUUUUAACAAUUUAGAAUUUGUGCAAGAAUUUAUUACUUUGCUGUUGAGCUUCAUUUUUACCAAGUACGUUGAAAAAAGUAAUUGUUAUUUAAGUGAUAUUGUAACAGAUGAAAACAUCAAAUUAACACCUCAGAAAAUAUUUAAUGAACUUGCGUUCAAAACACCGGCUGCUACGAAGGCAAUAGUUGGUGGACGCCUUGGAAAAAAAACUAAAUUUAAAAUACAUCAAGAUGUUUCUCCGGUCAAUUUGAACAUACCCAAAAUUUGUUUGAAUGUCGUGGAUUGUGAAGAAAAUGAUAAACGGGUAAAAGUUAAGACGGAUUUAACUACUCCAAUAGAAACGAGAAUUAAGAACAAAUCUGAUUCGAUUUUGAGUAAACCAAAGCAGCCUGUGCAACUACACGAAAGUAGAGCAAAAUCUACUAGUAAAACUAAUGUUAAAACGCAAAACUUAGAAUCUAGCAAGAAAUUUGCUAAAACACCGAAUAAGUUGCACACGAAAGAAAAUUUAAGUGCAAACGAUGAUGAUAAAGUUCCGUUUCCAGUUUUAUGCAAAACACCAGCACCUAAAACUGCGUGCAAGAAUUCUAAUUUACUGUCUUCACCAACAAUAAUUCUAUCCGAUGACGAAGUUUUCGAGACGCCUAUGAAAUUUACUCAAACACCAACUGUUGCAAAAACAACUAAAGUAUCUAUGUAUAAAAAGGCUAUCUUAUCAAACCAAGAUAGUUCUUCUUCCUUGGAUGAAGUUUUCACAAAAACCCCAAAUAAAAUUUCUAAAGCGAAAACGAAGCCGUCGUCGAGUAAAAAUAAUUUAUUAGAUGAGCAUGAAGAUGAUUUGAAAAGUGAUAAAAACAUGCAAAAAACUAUGCACAAACGUAAAUUUAAAAGAAUAUGCCAACCGUUCGUCGACUCUGGUAGUUCUGUAGAUGAUGAUGUUUUUUUGCCCUGUAGCGAUGAAAAUUCUUGGACAAAAAAUAAUUGUGCAACACCUGACAAUAAGUGUGAUGAUAAAUUUUACACACCUGUAGGUUCGACUAUGAAAAGUAAGGCAACAAUAGAAAAAAAGGAUCUUGAUGGUGAAAAAGAUCAAAAAGUUUCAUCUGAAAAAAAUAAACAAACUACAUCUGUGCGCCAGAGGCGCAGGAAUCCGCCUAAAAAUCCAUAUAUUUUUUAA